AUGCCAUCAACGACCUCCACUCGUCCCCCAAAGCGGCUUGUCAUUUUCUGUGAUGGAACAUGGGUCGGCCGCGAAACCAAUGUUGCAAACGCGCCCGCGAGCAACAUCCGGCAACUCGCAGAUAUGGUGGGCGAUGUACAGUACACCGAAGCUUCGGACAAGAAAGCUGCAAGAAUACAUCUUAUCAAGCCUCAUUCACCGACCACUGUGCACUUCAAUCAUCAUGCGAGAGGAAUCGAUGGGUUUGACGGAAGAAACAUCAUCGCAGGUUACCAAGAAGGCGUUGGUCUAAAUGGAACUUUUCUGGAGUAUAUCUGGGAUGGCGCAACCGCUUCUACGAUUGGAGACGAGUGCAUAAGCGUGUACAGGUUCAUUGUCGAAAAUUUUACCUCCGACCAUGAAAUCUGGCUUUUCGGCUUCAGUCGUGGCGCCUUCACAAUCCGAUGUGUAGCAGGUAUGAUUAAUAACUGUGGCAUAAUUAAACAGUCUCCUGAGCACACCAACGAAGAGGUGGAUAGACUGUGCUAUGAAGUGUUCCGCACGUAUCGCUCCAAGCUCCCCGUUGAUGCACCGAAGAGCGAAGAAUGUCGGCGGUUGAAAGGAGACGGGAAGAGGGUGUGGCAAGUGCAGAGGCCGAUUCGGGUUAUGGGGUGCAUUGAUACCGUGGGCGCCCUUGGCAUACCCCGUCUCAAUGCUGGGAUAGGGUUUGAUUGGAGCCCCCUUGAGUUCUUCGACCAACAUGCCUCUUCUGUAAUCCAGUACGUCUAUCAUGCGCCCGCACUACAUGAUCGGCUGUGGAUCUUCCAGCCCUGCCUGAUAUUCCCCGGCGUAGGUGAAGGGAACGAUAAACCAAUGGUAAAGCAACAAUGGUUUCCUGGCACGCACUACGACCUAGGACGAAUGACCUUUCGUUUCGUCCGCCAGAGUCCUGGGAAUUGGAUUGAGGGGCUACUUGGAUGGUUGCCCGAUCUUCUGAGUAGGACGAUAUAUCCAAACGAAGUACUAAGCGACUGUGUGCUUAGAUGGCUGCUGGAGAGCGUUCAAGAAGCCGGAUCCGACGUUCAGAAUCCCAUCAUCGCGGAUAUUGAGGACCAGGUCCGGAGAGUAAGCGAGCGUCUCGUGGGUACACAGGCGAAGAGUACCGGGAGUGGCGACAUCUACGGUGACGUGUUAAACUACGCACCAACCGGUAUCAUUUGGGGCAGUAUACAGCGCGCAUCUCAAUUCUUCUUCUCUCUCCUGGACCACGUUCUCCCAAGACUGGGCAGCAAUAUUCAAGACUUGCUGGGCAUCAAAACGAUCAUCGGCAUCUUAACAGCCACUGCCGAUAGACGCAUCCCAGGUGUCGCUGCAGACAUAUACCCAUACACCAAGAAAGAAAGCGUAAUGGUCAAGGGACAAGAGUGCGUAUUCAGUAUACAGGAGCAGGCGAAGAUGGGAGGGAAGAAUGAGUGGGGGAAGGAGAGGUAUGCGAGUAGGACAUUUGAAACCUUUCUCCUUUGGAGACGGGUGUUCGGACGAGGCGGACAGAUUGAUGUUCCAGCGCCGUCUGUUUCUUAA